CGCUUCAUUUUUGAUAUUGAGAAAACUAUGUAGCCCUCUUCAGCAUCAUAUAGGAAGACCACAUGCCAAGUUUCGCGAUGUAAUUCCGUCUAAAUAUUUAUUAAUCUGGCCAGCAAACUUUCAAACGAGCCAAGUCGCCGAAAUCUGCUAACUCUAGCGCGCGACGUGAAGAGCAAUCAACAGCGCUGUCAAUACCACGGAUCUGGCGCAGCCAACAGUGAGCACCUACGUCAGAGGCAUGCGUAUGUCAGUUCUAUGUUUUGGUUGUUUUUACUUCUCCGGGCGAAAUUGAACGAAGACGUCGUGAGUGGAAGUGGCUCCUCCCGGCGUUGCGUGUUGGCUCUGUCCACAUGAUCACCGUAAAACGCAUGCGCCAAGUUGGGAGCAGACGCACUCGUUUCCUCGUUUCGCCUCUGCUGCAGUAGGAGCAGUAGGAGGACGGCGUUUUGUGGUUUUGUUACGGUUCGAGCGCGGGCAGCAUCCCCGAAGCCUAGCUGCGAUGCCUCGCAGAAGGGCCAUAGGCUCACGAUGUUGUGUUGCUGCCUGCUUGAACUAUCAGUCGACCAGCCCGGGAGUUGUUUUUCACAAGUUCCCUCGCGACAGUGCGCGUCUCAUUGUUUGGACAGACAUCGUGCGCCGUUGGAACUCCGAGAAGCCGUGGUCGCCAAAUAGCAGGACAUUGAUCUGUUCUGACCACUUUUUGCCCGAAUGCUACCAGCGAGAUCUGCGCUUGUUCUGCGACGCUGGGUUUUCAACCAAGUACGCGCGUCUGGAUCAAAACGCCGUGCCGUCGAUCCUCGAUCCUGGAUCCUCGCCUUCCGUAACAGCCGACGGACUGACGCCGGACGCCGUGUCGUCGUACCUCGUUCCUCGAUCCUCGCCUCCCCAAACAGCAGACGAAUCAUGCGUGAAGCGUCGUCGGACCGGGAGCGGUGACCACUGUAGCAGCAGCAGCAGCACAGUGUCGAAGAGCAGUAGCUUGCCAGUGGUCACUACAUGGGAUGACGACUCCAAAGCACCAACAUAUGAGUCAUCGCUGGAUGCACCAGUGGCUCAAGAAGAACCUGUUGGUCAGAACCAAGCCAGAACAGCGUGCCUUAGCCAAAGCGGGGACCAGGCUUCCACUUCUGGGCCAGGGUGCAACAGCAGCACCGCCGCUUUAUGCGACACCGUGCCAGCAACUACUGCAAUCGAUGGCCAUUUUGAACCGCACUUGGAGCCGCCCAUCUGCCACAUCUGUAUGUGUGUGGUAACGAGAGGUACAUCGACACUGUCUGUGGACAAAGCUGUGCAAGCCUUCGAGGAGCUUUGUCAGACCUCGACUGAAAAUCCGGCACUGCCAACAUCUUCCGGCAUGGUUGGCCAAAGCCCUUUGGGGAGCGAGCCAGCUGUUCCCGGAAGUCCCCAACAAGCCCAAGAGAAUUCUGCAGACGUUGAGCAAGAAUUGCGCCAGUGGUGCUCUACGCCUACAGAGGACAAGACGCCAAGCCCCUUGUCGUUGGAGCGGGAUGCCACUCCCGAACCCUCAGAACCUGGGGCAUCGCCUUCGGACACCAGUUACACGGAGGCCGCCUUCCUGGACUCCGAUGAAGAUAUCUGCCCUGAGCCAGAUCUGUUGGACGAGAGUUACAGGCCGGAUAACUCUUUCAACUCCGAUGAUGAACCGGAUUCCGACACCAGCAUCUGGUCCAACGACUCUGUGCACUCGGACGGUGCAACAGAUGUCGAUGAAGGAGGGUGCAGCACGUCUUCAGCAGCAGUGGACCCGGUAAAGGAGAGGAAGUACCUGGUGACUGCAUCACAGCUGCUGCUGCUGUUUUCGGUUUGCAUCAAAUGCCUGGCUCCGACACGGACGAAGCUGACACAUCGAGGGACCCUUGUGCACGCCGUCAUCACGUGUGCACGAGGGCACAAGACUGUGUGGGAGAACCAGCCCAGAAUCAACAGCAAGGCACUCCUCAACAUCCUGCUGCCUGCUGCCAUCACCUACUCUGGAGCCAGCCCAACGCGCGUUCUUCGCCUCCUGGGAUCUAUAGGCGUGCAAGUCUUGAAGAAGACUCAGUUCUUCCGGGUGCAGAGCUCUUUGGUCUUUCCUGCUGCUACAAAGACCUGGGAAGCUGAACAGGAGUCUCUCCUGACAGCCACGAAAGACAAGCUCCACCUUGCAGGCGAUGGGCGUGCUGACUCGCCUGGUUACUCUGCCAAGUAUGGGACGUAUACACUGCUUGACACCCGCAUCAACAAGAUCAUGCACUACGAGGUUCUUCAGUCGACAGAAGUCAAGUCGAGCAACCACAUGGAGACGGAGGGCCUGAAACGUUCUCUGGACUUCCUCCUGAGCAUGGGGCUGUCUGUGUAUGUUCUUGUGACCGACCGGCACUUUGGGGUGAAUGCCCUGAUGAGAGACAGGUACCCCGACACGAAGCACCGGUUCGACGCAUGGCAUGUCGCAAAAGGUAAUAGUAUUGAUAACUCCAAUACCCCUGUACAUGGGCCGUUUUAACAAUCAUUGAGUCAAGGAUCAUGGACAUCUCACUGAGCUCAACUAAGUUGCCUGGUGCUACGCGGUACAUGGGCCUAAUGACCCGAGUUCUGAUGCACGUCACGUGACCCACAUGAUAGAAAAAAAAGUAUUGAGGAUAAUUGUGUGUAACAUGUUUCACAAAACACACACAAAAAAAAGUUUAACUUGACAUAUACUGUAAACAACUUAAAGGGCAACUCCGCUCAAUUCCAGAAAAAUUGGGAUUACUUGUGAUUCCACUUCCCAAAGCACUGAUGAACAACUUGACGUCUUUGGAUUCGCGAAAUGUGAAAUAUUUUUUGUGUAAUCGUAUUUUCAACAUUAGCAGCAACCGAAACCGAAACUUUGAAUGAGACAGGCAACAUUGGUCUCGUGUCGUCAGAGGCAUGUGCACGUUAUGACGAACCACGUGGUUCGAGCCGUCACGUGAAUCUCUCCACGAUCGCGGACGGGCGGGCGAGCGGGGAGCAAGCGCCAGUGUCGUCUGCUCCGCACUUUUCGCCAACCUAGCUCUCUACAGCAUCCAACGACGUCUUCACCACCGGGGACGAAGCUAGCGCUUCUUUACAGAAAAGUAUCUAUGUCCGACGACGACAGCCUGCCGCUUGGAGCAGACUUGGGAGGCCUGCAGCAAGGAGCUAUAUAUGUACCUGAUCCGUACAACUUUGAUCCCCCAUUGCCAGCAAGGGAACGACGUGAUAGCCAGCAACAGGAAAGCCAGGAGUCCCAAGUCCAAUGCACAUGUGGAAAUUGCCCCCAGGAGGUCGGGCAAUGCUGCAGGGACAUGCCAAAAAUCACACAAAAAAACUUGGGAAGGUGUGUCACAGAAAAUGAACUUUUUCUGCUCGUAUGUCUGGAUGUGCGACUGCUGAACAUAGCGUACGACCAGCUGAAAUUUUUUCGCCCAACAUAUUUGGAGCCAGCAGCUCGGGAUCGGAACAAACGGUACAGGUACACGGCAUACAGCCAGUUCGUCUGGUGGAUUUGGGGACGACUGGGCAGGUUUCGCCGCGUCAGGCUCCCGUGCUGUGUGGUGGCCAGGAUAAGAAAAGAAUUCCCAUCGACCACAUACACGGGCUUCCACUAUGCUUGAUCGAACCGGGUCCUGUGGGCCAACACCGCUGCUUCCUUGUCUGGCCUUUGUGCAACGCUGCACAGAGGUGGUCGACGAGGACGCGGCCCGUUCGCAGCCACAGCCAGCUGGUAGGUCCGGGAAGCCUUGGCCAACUCCAGGCAGGAAUUGAGGAGCCUCUGGACGUAGUCUGAGUAAGAAAGUGUGAUAGUCAAGCUGCAGCCAAUGUCUGAAUAAAAGUGUCUGUAUUUAC